CUCAAAUGAUUACUGAUAUUCAUAACAGACCUAUUCAUGAAGCUCUCAAGGAAAAUGGUUAUGUGAUCGUCGAUAACUUGAUCCCACAAGAUAUGUUUACAAAAUUACGCGAGGCUUGUGAUCGUGUGGUUGACAAGGCAAGAAAGGGUGAAUGGAAAUACAGACGUCUUGUCGGUACUCAAUUUCCUCCUUGGACUGAAGGAACGGAUGUCUGGGGUGUUCAGCAUUUAUUACACCCUGAUUUAAAUGAACCUAUCUUUGCUCAAUGGUAUGGAUCUUGCAAGCUAUUGGAAGCAGUUCAACAAUUAUUGAACGCAAAACAUGAAGAAUUACAACUUGAGUUAUUCAAUCUGCUGAUAAACCCUCAGGAAUCUGACUUUGAUUUGACCUGGCAUCGAGAUGCCAUUCCUGCAGAGACAAAAGAAGAAGACGAAAGAGAAAAACUGACGAUACCACAUUAUGGUACACAAUGGAACACUGCACUUUAUGAUGAUGCCUGCCUCUAUGUCGUUCCCAACUCGCAUCGUCGUGUUCGAACAGCCGAAGAACGGGAUGUGACGAUCAAUGAUCCCAAGAGUUCAAAGAUGCCCGGUCAAUUAAAAGUUGAACUGAAGGCUGGACAGACCGUAUUUUAUGAUAACAACAUCUUACAUCGUGCCUCGUACGUUUCAUCUCAAAAGCGUGCUACUCUUCAUGCCUCCAUGGGCACGAUUGAGGGUGGUCAUUAUCGCGCUAGUUGUAUCCUUCAACACGGUCUUGAGUGGAUGCAGACGGACGAAUUUAAACGUUCGUUACCAGAUUCUCUUUGUGUACCUUUUGCUAACCUUACUGCUAUGGCUAAUAAGGCUGGCAUGCCUAAUCUUUGUGCUAAACCUAUUCAUGAAAAAUAAAAUAAAGUGUAAAUUAGGUCAAUUAAAAAAUAAAAAGGCACCAAUCUAUACUUGGUAAAGCAAAUCUGCAACUGUAUUUUUCAUUCUCAGCUUGUGUACAAAAUAUAAAAGGUCGCAUUUAUAUGGGAACCAAAUAUAAAGUUGUCUAUUCU